AUGAUGUGCCGCAGGACGUCCAGCGCUCUGCGUAGACGCAUACCCCAGCUCGUUCUACAACAACAGUUGCGGUGGCUCACAUUACAUGAGUACCAAUGUCAUGAGCUUCUGCGACAAUACAAUGUCCCCGUUUGGCCGUCUGGCGUAGCCGCCACGCCUACCGAGGCGGAAUCUGUGAUUGACAGGCUUGGUGGCGAGGCAGUCCUCAAAUCGCAGGUGUCGCGGGCAGGUCGCGCCGAUGGGCUCUUUUCCUCCGGCUUGCGAGGGGGCAUUCAGUCAGUUGGGAACCCAGAGCAGGGGCGAGACAUCUCAAGCAAGAUGAUCGGUCACAAGCUGAAGACAGAAGACACCUUUGAUGAGGGCGUCAUUGUCGACAAGCUGCAUAUCUCGCGGCCAGUCCGGGCGACUGAGCAAUGGUAUCUAUCCCUAAGCGUUGACCGCGAGCACUAUACCCCGUGUAUAACUGUCUCAAAGUGCGGUGGCGUGAGUCUGAGCUCCAUUGCGCGAGAUCGACCCGAGACACUCUUUCAAAUUCAUUUCAAGAUUUCGGACGGUAUCUCGGCCGAUCUCAUGUCACAAAUCGCUGCGCAUUUACGCCUCUCGAGCGUCGAGGCGACCAAUAUGGAAGCAAUCCUGAAUGGAAUGCAUCAGAUCUUUGUUCAGAAAGACGCUACGCAUCUCGAAAUCAACCCCUUGGCUCGGUUGCCCGACGAAUCUCUGGCGUGCGUCAGCGCCAAUUUCACCUUUGACGACGCAGCUGCGAAACGGCAACCGGAGCUCUUCGCGCUGCGCGACAAGGCACAGGCCGUUCCGGAGGAGAUUGAAGCCGAGAAGUACGGACUGGUGUACGUCAAGAUGGACGGAAACAUUGGCAAUGUCGUUAAUGGAGCAGGGCUCGCAAUGGCAACGAAUGAUGCCAUUGGUCUGUAUGGGGGGAAGAGCGCAAACUUCCUCGAUGCGGGCGGCCAGGCGACCAAGGAGACCAUGGUGCGAGCGUUUGACAUUGUCCUCAGGGAUAAGCGGGUGAACACGGUCUUGGUCAAUGUCUAUGGUGGUAUUACCAACUGUGCCAUGAUUGCAGAGUCUAUUAUCGGCGCAGCAGCAGAGCUGGGGCCGUUGCGAGUACCUCUUGUUGUCCGGCUCCAGGGAACCAACUCUGCCCAGGGGCUUAAAAUGCUCGAAGAAGCAAAUCUGGGUCUUCAUGUUGAGGCAGACUUUGGCGCAGCAGCGGAAAAGGCCGUACAACUGUCUGGCGGAUGUUCAUAG